ACAUUUUAGACAUUUCUUCGCUAAGAUACGGACAUAAUGGUUGCGUUGGGGAAAUAUAUGUCAUGACUAUCGAUGACGUUAUUCUAUUAUUCGUUACGUCACAGGAAAAGAUGUCAGGUGUAAAUCGGGACACUUCUGAAGACAAGGAUGAUCAGUCGUAUCGAGAGGUUGACAUUAUCAUUGUGGGAGGUUCCUUCCUUCUUAUCAUCAUCUUCAUCGUCAUCUGGUUACUGUGCAAGAUGUCACAAGAAAAAGACGAGCAUAUCGAACAAGACAGAACGAAACACGAACAUAUCUGCUGGCAUGGCUUUCUACAAAAGCUGCAGGACCAUUACCGACAAAAACACGAAGAUGAAUUAAUCAGAAUUAGAUUGAAGGACUGUUCCUCGUAUUCUGUUAUUCCGAAGUCUUCAACCUCCCAAAUCCAGCUGAAAACCGUACAGUGCGAGGAGUAUGACGCCAAUACACCGUUAUGUAGAGCCGUCAGUGUUGAAACGAUCAAAGAAUUCCCUGCCAGAAGGAACAUAUCCAGGAGCCUGGGCGCCACAAUGAAUCUGUUUAAACAUGGACAGUAUAGCAAGUACACCUUCCCACCUGAUAACGAUAGAAACAAAUCUGUAAGCAAGGAAUAAUUCAGCAACCACCUGAUGACAAUACAAAUAAACCGGAAAGCAAGAAACGAUUCAGCAACCACCGGAUAACGAUUAAAAAAACAAACAAGAAACAAACAAGGAAUGUAAGCACCUGAUAAUAA